AUCACAGUGUAUCCCUUGCCUCUGAGCCAAAGGAGGUACCACAUACAUUUUCUACCUCCCAGUGUGGCUGCUGUAGGUUUUGCUCUUCUGCCUGGCGCACUGUUUGCUAACCCUGUCCUCCCAGAAGUGUCUCUGACAGCGCCAGCGGAGUUCCAAGGGCCACCACUGGGCAGAGGACAGCUCCUUCUAACAAAAAGGCUCUACUGGGAGGUACGUUUCCUUUAGACUCUGGGCAUCGGGAUACUCAACUUCAAGGACUGCUCAUGGAUCUAGAGGUCUUAGAAAUUUGUCCUUACAAUCCUCGCCACCGAAUUCCACUCAGCAGAUUCCAGUACCACCUGGCAUCAUGCAAGAGAAAGAACCCCAGGAAAGCCAGAAAGAUGGCCAGCUGCAAGUACAAUGCCUGCCACGUGGUGCCUAUCAAAAAGCUGGAGGAGCACGAGGCUGCCUGUGCCAACAGAAGCGCCGUGGAGGAGGAGGGCAGCGGAGGCCCUCUGGAGGUUACUCUUGCAAGUUCGGAGCAGAACGCUGAAGCCCUGGAGGUCUCACCCUCCCUUUCCACCUCUGAUAUCUGGAAUGUUGAUGACACUGAGAGCCACCCUAAGUUUGUCCUGAAGACUUUUGUUCCCCAAAAGCUUGUUUGUGAAAGCGACGCGGGAGAGUCCGAGAGAGAGACCAACCCCCAGGAGAUCAUCAGAUUGGCAAAGUAAACCACCAGCAGCAGGAGGGUCUCACAGAGGCAUGGGAGGACAUGCUACUCACCAGAAUAAAAGGCAUAUGAAAUCAA